UCAAAAACUGUCACAACUUGAGUGACGGACUUCAAGAUCACUUUGUCGGUUUAAUAUCCACCUAAACACGGAUUUAUUAACCUGACAGCUGAAAGAUGUGGAAGUCAGCCGUGGGUCACAAUGUGAGCAUGAAGGUGGCUGCAGAGGGGGACGACUGGGAGACAGACCCUGACUUUGAGAAUGACGUAUCGGAGCAGGAGCAGAGGUGGGGAGCAAAGACCAUCGAGGGGUCAGGGCGAAAAGAGCACAUCAGCGUUGCAGAUCUCAGAAACAAAGUGGCUGCGGAGCACGAGCAGGGCAAGCAGAAGGAUCAGCCUCCCAAAGCGUCAUACGGAUAUGGAGGGAAGUUUGGAGUCGAAAAAGACCGAAUGGACAAGGUGGCUUUGGGGAACGACUAUGUGGCGCAAGUCGAGAAGCACUCCUCCCAGAAGGACGCAGCGCAAGGGUUCGGUGGGAAAUAUGGUGUUCAGAAAGACCGCGUAGACAAGUCAGCCAUGGGCUUUGAAUACAAAGGAGAGGUGCAGCAACAUGCAUCACAGAAAGAUCACUCAAAGGGAUUUGGAGGAAAGUACGGUGUGGAGAAGGGAAAAGUGGACAAGGCGGCUUUGGGCUACGACUAUAAACCAGAAACAGAGAAGCACCAGUCACAAAAAGACUACGCUAAGGGAUUUGGAGGAAAGUACGGGGUGGAGAAGGAGAAGGUGGACAAAUCUGCUUUGGGUUACGACUAUAAAGGAGAAACAGAGAAGCACCAGUCACAAAAAGAUUAUUCAAAGGGAUUUGGAGGGAAGUUUGGUGUUGAGAAGGAGAAAGUGGAUAAAGCUGCUUUGGGCUAUGAUUAUAAGAGCGAGACGGAGAAACACCAGUCACAGAAAGGUGAGGACACACAUGUGUAUAUCCUAAAAUAUACUUACAGUACAGAACAUCAGACUGAUCGGAUUUAUCUCUGUUUAGAUUAUUCAGCAGGUUUUGGAGGUCGCUAUGGAGUCCAAGCAGACCGCAUGGAUAAGAGUGCAGCUGGCUUCUCUGACAUUGACUCUCCUGCCUCUGCGUAUGAAAAGACAAAACCAGUAGAGGCCUCAAGUGCAGGUGCAGGAAAACUGAAGGCACGUUUUGAGAACAUGGCCAAAGCUUCAGAUGAAGAGAACAAGAAGAAAGUGGAGGAAGAGAGAGCAAGGAGACAAGCCAGAGAGGGCAGAGAGCGAGAGGUGGCCAAACGCAGACAAGAGGAGGAGAGCAGGAGAGAGGAGGAAAUCCGUCCACCAACUGUUCCAGAUGUGGCUCCAGAUGAAGAUCAAGAUGAGGCUCCAGAUGAGGAUCAAGAUGAGGCUCCAGAUGAGGAUCAAGAUGAGGCUCCAGGUGAGGAUCAAGAUGAGGCUCCAGAUGAGGAUCAAGAUGUGGAGUAUGAUAUGCCGCCUCCUGAAAUCCACCACCACAUGCCAGAGAUACAAGAAAUACCUGAACCAGAACCAGAACCAGAACCAGAACCAGAGCAGGAACCAGUUUACGACGAGCCCCCGGCCUUGCCUCCGCGCUGCGACGAUUUCCACGACCUUGGUGCUCCUCCGCUACCCGACAGGUCAUCAGCCGUGGAGGAGGACGAAGGAGAGUACGAGGAACUUGCUGAGCUGCAUCCUCCUGCACCGAUAGCUGAUGAUAACGACUAUGAAGACCUGUCGAAUGGCCAGCAGGCGAUAGCACUCUAUGACUAUCAAGGAGAGGCUGACGAUGAGAUCUCCUUCAACCCGGAUGACGUCAUCACCAACGUAGAGAUGAUUGACGAGGGCUGGUGGAAGGGACAGUGUCACGGAUGCGUCGGUCUUUUCCCGUCUUCUUACGUGCAGAUGAUGCAGUGAGCGACGGGCUGAGGGAGGUUAUGCACAAGCUUCACUUAAACGAUCAUGUUUCUUAGGUUUAUUCAGCUGAGGAGAUUCAUUUCAGCAAUGUAUUUAUAGAAUAAAUCCCCCCAAAAAUGGCUUCUGAUCAGCCAAUUUCUAGUUCUAUUGUGUAAUAUCUCACAGAGAUAUUAUCUUACGUUAUGACCAUAUUAGUGACAAGGAGGUACAUCUUUCAUCUGUAAUAAACUGAUUGGAUUGAAUAAAAUAUUCUAAUGGCA